AUGAUAGAGUACUGUGACAGAUUCAACAUUCAAAUUCGAUUCAGUUCAGUAUCUCGACCUCAAACCAAUGGCCAAGUGGAGUCGGCAAACAAUGAAAUUCCGAACGGCAUCAAAAAGAAAAUAGAAGGGGCAAAAGAAACUUGGGAUGAAGAACUACCCAGAAUUUUGUGGACAAGUAGAAUAACAAUCAAAGAGGCAACAGGACAUACCCCUUUUUCCUUGGUAUACGGGUCUGAAGCCGUGCUUACAGUGGAAAUCGAUAUACCCUCCACAAGGAUUACCUAUUACUCACAUAGCGAGAACGAAGAAGAGAAAAUAAUGAAUUUGGACUUGUUACUAGAAACAAGGGGAAAUGCACUCUACGGGGAAGAUAAUAGAGAGAGGAAAGCUGGGAGCCAACUGGGAUGGCCCAUUCAAAACUAUCCGCUCCAUCAAACCAGGGACGUUCGAAUUAGAAGAUAUGAAAGGGAAAAGGCUACCCCGCUCAUGGAACGGAGAUCACUUGAAGAAAUACUCCAUUUAACAAGAUCUGCAAGGGGCCACAGGAAAAAUAAGAUAGGAUAA